CGCAGAACCGGUCGAGAUGAUUCCCAGCAGAGGGCUGCAGACGUCCAGCCGGACUGUCACGGCCAGCUUCAGCCGGUUGGUGUCUUCUGUAGGCCCAUCAAGACAAUUUUCUUCCGGUCCAGCGUCAAUAUUCAAUGGACGCAUAAACGUCUCCCGCGGCCUUUCAGGAACCUAUUGCGCACCAUGGGCCGCGCUUAGAUCAAAGUCGGCGUUGCCAAUCGCUUCAUCACGAUCCAUCCGUCAUAACACAACCGCCGCAGGCUCCCAUGCGCAGGGCACCAGUGACGGGUUUGUCACAAGUUCCCUAGACGCGGCGAGCGAUUUAUCUACCGGCAGCCUUUCAAGCGUUACCCCUCAUAUUGGCUAUUUUAAAGAGCUAGGGCUUGACUAUGGCUGGGGCCCUACUUCCAUGGUCCAAUGGGCUCUCGAACAUAUCCACGUCUAUUGCGGUACGCCAUGGUGGGCGUCCCUUCUCCUUGUCACUGCGGGCUUGCGUCUGGCAAUGCUCAAACCCACCAUCGCUGCUGCCGUGACGAGUGCUCGUUUAGCCAUUAUCAGCCCUGUUACACAGCCUAUAAGAGACAAGAUGAUGGCCGCGAGCAAAUUGAAGAACAACACAGAAAUGAUUAUGACUCGAAAUGAAUUGAUGCAGAUUCAUAAAAGAGCAAAUAUCCAGACCUGGAAAGCUUUCCUCCCCAUGCUCCAGGUUCCAUUUGGUUAUGGUAUCUUCCGAUUGACCCGUGGUAUGGCGUCACUGCCAGUGCCUGGCUUUGAGAAUGGCGGGUUUGCAUGGAUAACUGAUCUUACCCUUCAUGAUCCCCUCUUUCUUUUGCCCAUUGGAACGGCGGCUGCGGUCUACUUUUCUUUGAAGAGAGGAGUCGAGACGAAUUCAAUGAUGAGUCCUGCUGUGCACAAAGUCUUGACCACUGUAUUCCCCCUAAUGGCUGGAGGCUUCAUGGUCUAUUGGCCUGCUGCGCUUCAAUUAUCAUUCUUCUUCUCGUCCGUAUUUGGUCUUCUCCAGGCAUUCCUCCUUAAGAAUCCCACUUUUCGGGCAAUGGUUGGCAUCCCCCCAACCCCGCCGCCCCAGUCUGGUUCAACACCGGGGCCUGCAUCAACUAGCCCUAUUGGCCCUAAGUCUCCAUUAGCCGGGCGGAUUACCAUUUCUCCCAAUUAUCAGCCUCCGACAGCGCAGUCCACCAUUGCAGCAGCGUCGGAGGCGGCUGAUGCGAAGUCAGAGCAACCCAAGGAGAAGAAGAACUUCAUCAACAGCACGAUUUCAGACGUAAAGGGCAUGUCCAACGAGAUGAUGAAAUCCGCGAGGAAAUACAUGGGUACCGAGGCAUCGGCGCCCGGUGAACGCUCGGUUGUGGAAAAGCGUCAGAACAAGGCUUACGAGGAGCGCCGUCGCCGUGAGAUUGAGAGCGAAAACCAGGAUCUGGAAGAUGAACGCCGUGCAAGAUGGCAUCAGCGCAAGCUUGAACAGCAGGAGCGUCGCCUACGCCAAUCUGACCGUGACCAGAACAAGUCGGCCUAAAGAGAGGUUUGAUCUUGAGGUGCUCUCCUUUUCCGCUGCUGUUCCUCUGCUUGUUACUUUUGUUACGUCACUGUGACAUUGAGCAAACAGCAGCAUGUAGAAGCAAUGUACAUUAAGUGGACUGUAUAAAGACUGGCGUUUGUGUAUAAUAUUGAAAGCAUAUUUGGUAGACAUAAAAGUUGGC